AUGACUUUAAAAGAAGCUGGAUCCUCUCUUCCAGUCAAACAACUGCUUGAUGAACCAGAGACUGUCACCACCAUAGACACUGGAUAUAAUCAAUACCUUAUCAAAGUGGCCUGCCUGAGUGAUGAAGAAAUCUGGACAAGAGGAAAUGACAACACCAUGAAACUCUACAGCAUCAAUCAGGGAUCACUACUCAAGUCAAUUACAACCAAGUCAGGAAAACCACCAUAUGACAUAGCAGUGACACCAAGUGGAGAUCUAGUUUAUACUGAUAAUGGUGAUAGAACUGUGAACAUUGUGAAAAAUAAGAAGAUUGAGGAGGUGAUCAGACUAAAGAACUGGGGACCUCACGGUGUCUGUAGUACCUCCUCUGGUGACCUCCUGGUUAUCAUGCACAGUGAUGAUAGCAAACAAUCAAAAGUUGCCCGUUACUCUGGAUCCACAGAGAAACAAACCAUUCAGUUUGAUGAUAAAGGAGGAAUCACCACAGACAGUCAGGGUCACAUCCUUACAACUGAUCAAAUCAAUAACUGUCUCCACAUCAUAGACCAGGAUGGACAGUUCCUCCGUUACAUAAACUGUGGAGUGAUCUCACCGUGGGGACUGUGUACAGAUACAAAUGACAAUCUGUUUCUUGCUUAUCCGAUGAAAAGACAAGUGAUGAAAAUCAAAUACCUGCACUGA